AUGCUGCUGCUGCUGUGGGUUUGCAUCUGCAUCAGUCCUCCGGUUCAGGUCCAGGGAGCUCUGGUUCUUUCCCGAAGAGACGGCCUGAGACAGUGCCCAGAAUCAGAAUCUCAGAUUGGGAAGGAAAUAAACACGUCUAUGAUCAUAGCCAGAUGCCAGAGAAGUUACGGGACACAGUUCAAUAAAGAAAAGAAGUACAAACUGGAAAAAUGUGGAAGUGCACAGUGUCAGAGUCGCCUGCACGGUGACGUCCCGCUUCGCCCGCACCAUCGUGACGUCCAAGGCUCUGAACGCGGCAAACAAGUCGGCUUUGAAAUGGAUCUGCCGAAGACCGCCUUCAUCACCAGCUUUAGCAUGGAGAUUGACGGUCACAUCUACGCUGGAGAGGUGAAGGAGAAGGAGAAAGCCAAAAAACAAUAUGAAAAGGCUGUCUCCAAAGGGCAAUCUGCUGAACCUGUCAAGUACGUGGCACUGGGGGAAAUAAAAAGAAGGCCAGAAUUGGAUGGAGAUCCUCAUUUCAUAAUUGAGCUGCCAGACAAAGAGGAGGCGCUGUGCUUCAACAUAAGCGACAGACCGGGAACCAUUUACAAUCUAGUCAGAGACCAGAAAUCAGGUUUUGUAGUGAAUGGCCAGAUCAUUGGCAAAAAGACAUUCACCCCUCUAGCCAAGAACAACACAUACUUUGGUCUUUUUGCUGUCACCCACAGAAAGCUGGGGCUGCAGCUGGACGUGAACACUGACCAUAUAUCAGUUUUUCACAAUGGCAAGCAUGUUAGGUUGCAAUGGUCUGAUACGACCUCAGUGAAAGACGACAGUUUGGACAUUAGACUGAUUAACAGCUGCAGUCUGACCGUAUCGCUCCGGCACACAGUUAAAUUUAGGAUCAUCAGACACACAAAGAUUUGGAAGAAAUACCACGACCAACAAAACUAUCUGGGUUUCUACACCCUGGAUAGUCACCACUUAUCCUCCUCAGUUCAUGGACUACUUGGUCAGUUCUACCAUGGAGUUGAGUUUGAGGUGACAGAUUUGCAUCUAGAAGUGGAGGGAAAGUCAAAUGCGAUUAUGUACAUAAAAGGCCAAGCCAUCAAUGUGACCAGACGCUGGGAGAAAGAUUUCAGCAGGGAUGUGGAAACGGGAAAGAACGUCCCCUGCUGGUUCGUGAACGAUGAUGGACACGGCCUCAUCGACGGAUCAGCUUCAGUCUACACUGUGCCUCACCUUUUCACUUUUUAGAUCUUAGAAACUCACCAUAUCCGCAACAUGUAACAUCAUCGGUCUAAGGUGGUAAAAUACAGUGGAUUUUGAAUUUUCAAUUGUAAAUCAUCAUGCAAUUAGAACUCCUUUGUAAGCUGUGUUGAAGGAAGGUGCUACAGGUCGCUGCAACGCAAGUCGUGCGCUAUUGUCUAAUGCUAACGUUUACUGAUUUGCUUAGAAGUGUUCGUGCCUUGUUUAAACUUUUUGCUCAUGAGGCAUUCAGUGGUAAUCAUCUUAAGAAAGAAACUAACUAUUGGCCUUGAGCAGUGUUCAUAUUGUCACCAUUCCCUUCCCACUAACAAAUAAAAGUCUUCAAAGUGUGGAAUUCA